UCUUAUGGGUGCCCUCUUCUGGAUGCCAGCUUUCAAAAGCAGCUCUAGUCAUUCCCACCACGACGACGGCCAUGCCUGUAAACUCCUCCCCUGAAACCGGCUAUCAAGCUCCCAAUAAUUCUAUCCUGAGGCUGGCGUUCAAAAUCUUGUGCGUUAUUGCGGUCUCUCGGGAGUCUCUCGACCAUUGGGAAGAUACAAAGAAAAAAGAAUGGAAGGACCAUGUCUCAAUAAUGGUCAAUCAAUUUCAGAACACAAAUAUCACUGCCGGGCUCGUACUCGCAACUGCUACUCUAUUCCUGUCGUCCGUGCCUCCUAUCGAGCAUUUGAUGGCUUAUAACUUUUCAAUCUCGUACAUCUUCGCUAUGGUUUCAUUCGGUGCCGCAUUGCUCAGCGUGAUAUCCGGAUCUGCUGUGCUUGUUAUCUAUGAAACUAGCACCGCUCACAAAGACAUGGAAACCCUCAAACGCAUGCCACGACACCAAGUCAUCGCGCUGCUGCUAUGGUUGGCAUACCCCUCAGUCUUGCUGUCAACACCAUCACCACCUUGGCUUGUUUGGCCUUCCUUUCAAACGGAGGCCUUACGCUCUACAUUUUCAGCGUUGUGGGCGAAAAGCGGGUCGAUGAUCAAAAAAACCUCACCCACACAAGUUGCUGACAGGCAUCAUGCCAGUAUAGGUGCAUGUCUUCGGCUCUGACAGGGAUGACUGGGCAUGAUAAUUGUUAUAGACCACUCAGGGUUUGGAUGCUUCGGGUUGUACGUAUCGGUCCGUGGAGUAGCAGCAUCGCUUUCUCGAAGAAAUUGCCAUGUCUCCUUAACCUAGUAUCCAUAUGCCACACCACCUCCUGAUCGCCCAUGCGAAACUGUCUACACAGCAAGUACGUUGUAAAAUAGAUAUUCCUCGCAGUGUGC